AUGGCAGCUUUUGAAACACCUUGGACCACCUCCAUGAGCUCACGGCCAGCGGACGAGCGCAAUGAAAAUGGCGCCGCCACGCAACAAGACUCCUCCACCACCAGCACCACCCUCCCCGAACCCACCGUAGCAUCCUUCUCGCCCAACCAACAGACCGCGACCCGAAACCGCAGCCGAGCGACGGUCCUCAUCCAUCAGAAAUCUGCCCUGCUCGCCGCGACGCCCCCGCAGGUGACGAGGGCGCUGGCGUAUUCGCAUCCGUUCAUCGUUCCACUCAAUUACCUCGCGGGGUUACUGUCAUGGACGACGGGCGAUCCGUGGGAGAAUUUCCUGCUGGUGGCGGGAUUCUGGUUCGUGAUACUCUACGGCGACGAUGUCACGCGGUGGGCGGGGCCGGUGGUGGUGGUGAUGGCGUUGAUUGCGGGCAUGUACUCGCGGCGGUACAGUCCCCUGUCGAGCACCACGUGGGGAGGCGACAAGAAGAAGAGGAGUCGAGCGGACUCCGACUCUCAGCAGAGGAAGAGCUUGGAUGAGAUUCUGGAUACGCUGCAGAUUUUCACGAAUCGAUGUGAUGUGUUGCUGGAUCCACUGUUGCGGUUGACGGAGUUUUUGAGCACGCAGACGACCGCGACGGAGGCGACGACGAGGCCCGCGUUGACGAGUAUGUUCGUGCGGUUGUUGGCGGUUACACCGGUUUGGAUUCUGCUUACGCUGCCUCCGUUGAGGUUGAUCACGACGCAGAGGGUGCUUUUGGUUGUGGGGACGAUUGGGAUGACAUGGCAUAGUCGGCCGGCACGGGCGUCGAGAUCGAUUCUCUGGCGGAGUCGCGCGCUUCGUUCGAUUGCGUCGAUUAUUACGGGAUUGCAUUUUGUUGGCUCAGUCGCACAGGAUGGCAAGAAUCCGCCAGCAUUGCCACCUCGAGCACCGCCAGCGUUGGUGAAUGCUCUGAAACGCAAAGGCAAUACGGCAGGUGUUCGAUUCACGUUCGCCGUGUAUGAGAACCAGAGGCGAUGGGUACUGUUAGGCUUCACGGCGAAUCUCCUCCCUAACGAACGCCAAGCCUGGACGGAUGAGCAUAACAAUUCAGUGCCAGCGAAAGAGGACUUCCCUCUCCCAGAGACAGACUCCGACACCAUCAAAUGGCGCUGGGUCCCCGACAGCGAGUGGAAGAUCGACCCUUCUUGGACCGACGACACGAAAUCCAAAGACGCCCGGGACAAAGACGGUUGGACGUACUACGACAACAAGUGGAAGUACGGCAGCCGAACCGACGACUGGGGCAAAUGGACACGUCGAAGGAGAUGGAUCCGAGACGCCGAAUUAGUCGAAAUCACCGCUGAAGAACUCGCCGCCGCCGCCGCUGAGAAUGCUGCAGAUGCAGACGGCCAGUCCAUCGCCACGGCUACGACCAACGACAACGUGGACGGCGAAAGCGUCAGUACAGCCGUUCGAAGAAAGGGCUGGUUCGGCAAGCGGAAACUCACGAACGAGAAGAUGAAAGCUGGCGAUGCGGUGGAGGUCGCGUCGCUGAGUGGGAGUGGAGAUACGGGUGGGAGCACGCAGUCGAGGGAAGGGCCUGAUGAUGAUGUCCAUGUUCCUUCGAGGUACAGGGGCACGGAGUGGGAUCGGAGUAUAGGGGAUGGGCUUGCGGAGGGUCUCAGCUAG